UCGAUGGAAUCAAGAUGGCGACUCUGGCGAAAGCGCCAAUAUAUUUACUGAAGUAGAUGUCCAAAAUUGACCGCGGUAGCGGGUUUUCUCAAGCCCCUCGGGGGUUCAGUGAAACAUGAAGACCGGGAGCAUGUUUUGGAAGAGGAAGUGACCGGAUUUAAUACCGUAACAAAGUCAGCGAGAUGUGCGAGAGCUAUGCCCGCUCGCUGCUGCGUGUUUCGGUGGCGCAGAUCUGCCAGGCUCUUGGCUGGGAUGCGGUUCAGCUCACUGCGUGCGAUCUGCUGUCCGAUGUGCUGCAUCGAUAUAUCCAGCAGUUAGCCAGGGCCUGCCAUCGGUACUCUGAGCUCUAUGGAAGAACAGAUCCAGUCCUGGAUGAUGUCAGUCAGGCCUUCAGGCUGCUGGGGGUGAGUCUGAGUGAACUGGAGGACUACGUCCACAACCUGGAGCCUGUGGCCUUCACCCAUCAAACACCACUCUUUCCUGUUAGCAAAAACAAUGUGCUGCAGUUUCCCCAGCCUGGAGCCCGAGAUGCAGAGGAAAGGAAGGAUUACAUUCCAGAUUAUAUGCCACCCCUCGUCUCCUUACAAGAAGAAGAAGAGGAGGAAGAGGUCCUUGCUGACAUGGGCACCUCAGCUGAAGCUAUGCAGGUGGCACUGGAAGAGGAUGAAGAGGAAAUGGACGAAGAUGAGACGGUCAACGAUGAGAACCACCCACUGAAGCGGCACCUGGAUAGUCCUGAUGCAGCUAUGGGCAUGAUGCCCACCUCCAAGAGACCACGCAUGUACCCUGGCCUCAGCCCAGAAUGGGGCGUUGAGCCGCGGGAGCCCCUUACCUCUCUCAACCCUCAACGUGUUCCCCCAGGCAUGCUGCCUUCUCAUGAUAGCCUUGACCCCCUCUCACCUGAAACACCUUCUGGAGCCCUGCCUUCCUUCAGACCUCUGCCAGUAGUACCAAAACACUCUGAUCAAAAGGGCCUCACCACUCCAGGUAGAAAGCCCAAGGUCUCAUCCCCUGGCAGACAACGGACUAAGUCUCCAAAAGGGGUCAUUCCUGUUCCAGUGGGUGGUAGUCCCAUCCAUUCUCCAAAACCGUCUAAAGAAAGGAAGAAAUCCCCAGGAAGAACGAAGAGUCCUAAAAGCCCCAAGAGCCCAAAAAUGGGCACAGCCAAAGCAUCCCAACCCCAGAGCAAGACAGAUGCUGUGCAUAAGCUACCGCUGUCUGCGCUAAGCGAGAGGAUGGGAAAAGAGAACAUCCACAUGCGCCUGAAUCUGGAGGAGAGAGAGUUAGCUGAGGGCCCCUUCAAGAAAAUAGAGCCUGAUAAUACCGCUAUUGAUGACUCCAUUGACGCUGUGAUUGCCCGAGCGUGUGCUGAGCGGGAGCCUGAUCCUUUUGCUUUCUCCUCGGGCUCUGAUUCGGACAGCAAUGGAUUCUCCAGCCCCAGGAGGCUGACCAUCAUGGAGCCGUCUACACCUAAACUCCUGAUUGGGCCGAGCAACUCUAUAAAAGACACGUCAACACCACUCCACCUACAGGCGCACACCGGCAUGGGAAAUUGGACUAUGGAUGAUUCAAUCAAUGAGGUGAUCCGAAAGGUCAACCAGGGGGGUCCAUCCGCACCUCCGCCAAACCAAGGAGAAUACGUGUCCUCAGGAUCAGCCUCACCACCUACUCCUGAACCUCUGCUCAAGGUGUUUGAGGAGAAGAGCAAGAUUGUGUCAUCAGUUGAUGUGAAGAAAAAGCUGAAGAAGGAGCUAAAAACUAAAAUGAAGAAGAAGGAGAAAGACAAGCCGAAAGAAAAGGACCGGGAAAAGGACAAGGGCAAACUCAAAGAGAAGAACAAGGAUAAGAACAGGGAUAAAAACAAGGAGUUUUCCAAGGAUGGCAAGAUGCCCUGGAAGGAGUUUGGACUGAAGGAUGACGAACUCUUUGUUCAGCGAGACUUUGCUCUGCCUGAGGGCUCCAUCAAAAUAAAAUCCAGAGAUGGAGAUGGCCCUAAGAAAGAGAAGGAGAAACACAAAGACAAAAAGAAGGAUAAGGAAAAAAGCAAAAAGGACAAAGACAAGAGGGACAAGGGUAAAGACCGGAGCAAGGAGGACAGGCAGAAACAAUCUGCGUUGGCCCCCUUUGCUCUAGGUGAAGUCCCACCACUGUUCAGCCCCUCUGCCUGCCUGCGCAUUCCCUCCAUGCUUCCUCCUUUGGCCCCGAUCCUCCAAGAUAAGGACGUAAAGAGCAAGGAGAAGGACAAGAAGAAAGACAAGAAGGAGAAGAAGAAAAAGAAAGAUAAGGAGAAGGAUAAGGAGCGAGAGAAGGCCAAAGAAAAGGAGAGGGAGAAAGAAGAGAAGAGGAAAGAAAAGGAGAGGGAAAAGGAGAAACGAGAAAAGGAAAAAGAGAAAGAAAAAGAGAGAAUUCGAUUGGAGAAGGUGAAAGUAGACACUCCAGCAGCUUUACCAUCUCCAGUCAUCCCCAGACUGACGCUCAGGGUGGGAGCAGGCCAGGACAAAAUUGUUAUCAGCAAAGUGGUUCCAAAUUCAGAGCCCAGGACGCCAACACCCAAGACCCCUGCCACCAAGUCUGGACCUGGGAAUCGUCCUCGGACGCCCCCGCCACCCCCAAUACUCUCCCCAGUUGUACCAAUUCUGCCCCCGCCGCCUUCUCCACUUCCACCAGCUCCUGCACCUUCGUCGUUGCUCUCUCCCGCCCCUAUGCUCUCUCCUGCCGCGUCCCUCAGAACUCCAGUCCGCAGCGUGGUCACUGAGACCGUCAGUACCUACGUGGUUCGAGAUGAAUGGGGAAACCAGAUCUGGAUUUGUCCUGGAUGCAACAAACCUGAUGAUGGCAGUCCCAUGAUAGGAUGUGAUGACUGUGAUGACUGGUAUCAUUGGCCUUGUGUUGGGAUCCUUACAGCCCCUCCCGAGGACCAGCAGUGGUUCUGUGUUAAAUGUUCCAGCAAGAAGAAGGACAAAAAACACAAGAAAAGGAAACACAAACUGCAUUGAGGCUAUGCAAAAAGCACAUAUUUUGGACUUUUUUGGACUUAAAGCCAUCACUGAACACUCGUGGCACUGCUGUAAAAUUAAAAAAAAAAAAAGAAGUUUAAAAUUGUGGCUGAUACUAACAUCUGAUGAUUUUUUAAUGAUGUCAGCCAUGAU